UGCAUCCAGUCCUGUCAGCAUCAGGACAUAAAUCCUCAAGACUGUAGUUCAAAGUUAAUUUUGGCCGGUUGUGCCGCCAUUUUGGCUCUUUAUCGUGUGUAACGUGUCUCCGGAAGAGCCAAAAUGGAAACCUGUCUGCAAAUCUUAAUGGAAAUCUAGUACAGUUUCCAAUCAGAGGGGAAGGGCUGACGACGAGGCGAGUACAGGGGAGAGGAAGAACGGGCCUAGCUUCUCGUUUUCCGUGUUUUUUCUUUUUAUAUAAUGUUCACAAUUUGUCUGAUAACGUAGUGAAAUCAGGGUAGCUAGCUAACGAGUUUUCCGAGCGCAUUCCGUUGUUUCGUAGCACCGCUUGCGACACGGUUCGUAGAUUAGCUUGCUAAUGUGGCUUGGUGGUUUAGCUCGCUAACCUCUAUGAUGUGGACCGUGUACUUGCAAGAAACGCAUUUCAGAUAAUUGCAGGAGUGUUUAUUUGUAUAGCUAAAUUUGAAGUUCCGCGGUUGCUUACGAGCUUAUUAUCGUUUUGCCAGCUCGUUAUCUGCGCCCAGUGUCAACAAGAUUGAUGACUAGCAGCAACAAUGGCUAACAAAUCGGCCAGACAUGCCCAGCUCAAAACGGGAAAUAGCGCUUAAGCAACACCCGAUACCUAGCCAGGGAUCGUUUUAAGGAAGUAUUUUAUAUCCGAUAACCUUCCAUUAAUUUGUUUGCGGCGUUGGAUGUCGACGUUUUUCUCGAAGUUCCCGUUGUUUACAACCACGACCACGAGCGGGCGGCCCGCCUGUCGCGGUGUUUAGUUGAGCAGCUUGCCGGAUUGGCACGUCGGGCUGCACUCGGGCCUUGCUUUCGGGCUGCGGCCGAGGUCCGCCAUGGGCGACAGCAGAGACUCGCGCAGUCCAGACAGCUCCUCGGUCUCGUCCCCCUCGCCCGCUCAGCGCUCGCCCCCUCUGGCGCCGUCGGCCGCCGCCAUGACUUCGCUGCCCCCCAUCACUUCCGCCGUCAACAGUCCCAUCAGCACCAUGGGCUCUCCCUUCUCCGUCAUCAGCUCCUCCCUGGGCUCUCCCUGCAUACCCGGGACCCCUUCCGUGGGCUAUGGGCCAAUCAGCAGCCCCCAGAUAAACUCCACGGUGUCCAUGUCGGGUCUGCACGCGGUCAGCAGCUCUGACGACGUGAAGCCUCCCUUUGGGCUGAAGCCCCUGGGCAGCCACAGCCCCGGGCCCAUGCUGUCCCAAAAGCGCCUCUGCGCCAUCUGUGGGGACCGCUCCUCCGGUAAGCACUAUGGUGUGUACAGCUGUGAGGGCUGCAAGGGCUUCUUCAAGCGCACGGUGAGGAAGGACCUCAGCUACACCUGCCGUGACAACAAGGACUGCCUGGUGGACAAGCGGCAGCGCAACCGCUGCCAGUACUGCCGCUACCAGAAGUGCCUGGCCAUGGGCAUGAAGCGGGAAGUGGUCCAAGAUGAACGACAGAGAUCCGUGCAGGAGGAGAGGCAGCGGAACAAGGAGCGGGACGGCGAGGUGGAGUCCACCAGCGCCGUCAACGAGGAGAUGCCGGUGGAGAAGAUCCUGGAGGCGGAGAUGGCCGUGGAGCAGAAGACCGAACUGCACGCGGACGGGAGCUCUGGGGGGAGCUCGCCCAACGACCCCGUCACCAACAUCUGCCAGGCGGCCGACAAGCAGCUCUUCACCCUGGUGGAGUGGGCCAAGAGGAUCCCGCACUUCUCCGAGCUGGCGCUGGACGACCAGGUCAUCCUGCUCCGCGCCGGUUGGAACGAGCUCCUGAUCGCGUCCUUCUCGCACCGCUCCAUCACGGUGAAGGACGGCAUCCUGCUGGCCACCGGGCUGCACGUGCACCGCAACAGCGCCCACAGCGCCGGCGUGGGGGCCAUCUUCGACAGGGAGAGUGCGCACAAUGCAGAGGUUGGGGCCAUAUUUGACAGGGUGCUCACGGAGCUCGUCAGUAAGAUGAGGGACAUGCAGAUGGACAAGACCGAACUCGGGUGCCUGCGAGCGAUCAUCCUCUUCAACCCAGACGCCAAAGGCCUGUCCAGCCCCAGCGAGGUGGAGCUGCUGAGGGAGAAGGUGUACGCUUCCCUGGAGGCCUACUGCAAACAGAGAUACCCAGACCAACAGGGCAGGUUUGCCAAGCUCCUCCUCCGGCUCCCAGCACUGCGCUCCAUUGGCCUGAAGUGCCUGGAGCACCUCUUCUUCUUCAAGCUGAUUGGUGACACGCCCAUCGACACUUUCCUCAUGGAGAUGCUGGAGGCGCCCCAUCAGCUGACGUAGGCCCCGUGGGAGGAGCCAGGAUGACACCCCCACCCUAAACACCUCCCCCCCCCCCCCCCCCUUCCUCCUCCCCCCUGUCUUGGGGGGGCCACACCGUGUUUGGGGUUCCUGGCCUGCCUGGGCUCACCCUGUUUGUUUGUUUUUUUUGUUUGUUUCUUCCCCCUCUGUUGAAGUAUUAAUGUUUGUCAAAGACGGCUUCCUUUUCUUCUUCUUGUUCUUCUACUUAAAUUUCUCCUUGAAGAGUUUGUGUCGGGGACAUAUGUUGUUAGUUUUUUUGGGGGGGCGGGGAGGGGGGGGGGGGGUUUGGCUGCAAACCAAGCCUCCUCGCGUUCUGUCUGUCACCCCACCCCCACCGCCUGACCUAGGUAAUGAGUGGCUUCCCCAAAGUAGCGGCAGUACCUCCGCUUUACCACUAGAUGGCGGGAAAGGCGCCGAUAAUGGGGCCCCUGCCAGUGGAGCUGCACCUCGUCCUGACGUUACCUCUCUUGAACGAAGCUACUUGUGUGACGACGUAGCCUUCGAUAUCCCAGACUUCAUCUUCCAGUUGGAACGGCAUGGUGGAACUUGAAAGAGUGACAUCGCCCUCUCCUAAUUGGUCAAGAUCCCACGACUGUGCGUAGAUGCACGCCCCCACUCACUCACCGGCCGCCCAAUGGAGCGAGGGAGGAGACUCGGUGCUGUUUCCUGAUUGGCUCAGCCGCAGGAAGGGUCUCCCUGUUCACAGCCCCGCCCCCCUGGACUGGCAAAGCAGAGCAGCCACAGAUUCCUCUGUUUUGGGGGGGGAAAACUCUUACUGAAAGGCAGCCUUGGGGACUGUUAGUGGUUAAUUGUGUACUGUGCUCAUAAAAUGGGUGAAGAUUUUUUUUUUAAUUUAAUUUUUUUUUUUUUUUUUGAAGACAAA